AUGGCUCCUCAAGGAACAGUCCUCAUCACCGGCGCAAAUGGCACACUAGCGACAGCCCUCGUCGAGAACCUCCUCAUCAACUAUCCCGAACACCCCCUUCUUUUAGCGGUCCGGAAUACCUCCGACUCCGAUGUGCAUACCAAGAACCUCCGCCGCCUCUCUUCCUGUCACCCCUCUACUCCAGUCCAUAUCGAACCUCUAGACCUUUCCUCGCUUGCCUCGGUGCGAACGUUCACCACCACUGUCACAUCCCUAAUAUUAUCCGGCACCAUACCCCCGCUUGCUGCGAUCGUCUGCAACGCAUUCUCAUGGAGCCUCAAUAGUGGAAUACAGUUCACACAGGAUGGUUACGAGUCCACAUUCCAAGUCUGCCAUCUCGGCCACUUCUUGCUAGUCCUACGACUCCUCGCUUCAAUGGAGGGGACCGGUCGAGUAAUAAUAAUCGGCUCGGAGGAGCAUUCUGACGAAAAGCCUAGCUUGAUAAGUCCUUAUCGCCCCGGGAUCCCGGAGAAGGUCGAGGAACUUGUUAAGCCUGCUCCCGAAGAUGCAAAAACCACCUUCAAUAGAGGUUUCACGAGGUAUGCUACUGCGAAAUUGUGUCAGACAAUGUUCAUGUAUGAUCUGGGAAGGCGGCUUUCUCAGGAUCCAAACCUCUCCGGUAUUACAGUAUCGGUACUCGAUCCCGGCGGCAUGCCCGCAUCCCGCUGCUUUGUCCAACAUCCUACUGUGGUGAAGUUGCUCAUGAACUACAUCUUUGCCCCGGCAGUGCACGUACUUAAAUACGUCACUAAUAAGUUCCGCACUCCUUGGGAUGCAAGUGUUGAUGUUGCAGAUGUCGCUGUGGGAGAUCUUGGUAAAGAAAGCGGGUAUUACGUUUGCAAGAGGAAGAUAGAAGGUAGCUGUGCUAGUCGGGACGACACUUUGCAGGGUGUUCUGUGGAGGAAGAGUAUCGAGUGGACAAGGUUGGAGAAGGGAGAGACGGUCUUGGGGUCGACUUUUGCUUGAGAUUAUCUUUUUUUGUAGCGGAGUUAUAUAUUUUUUUUGUAUUUUCUUGUUAGACAAUGGAAGGUUUUUGUUCUUUUGUUUU